AUGUGCCACUUUCAGGUCUCCUCACACUGCUGGUGGGUUCCAUUUUGUCAUAGGGUGCUGGCAGAUUACGGGCCUCCCAUUGCUGCUGCCAGGCCCGUAAUCUGUCAUGGGCCCCUGUACCGCCUCCUCAUGCUGCUGCCAGGUCCAGAGUGUGUCAUGGGUCCCUGUACGGCCUCCCAUUGCUGCUGUCUCCAUCGCCACACUCUGCCAUGUGCCACUUUCAGGUCUCCUCACACUGCUGGUGGGUUCCAUUUUUUCAUAGGGUGUUGUAUGGCCUCCCAUUGCUGCUGCCUCCACCGCCACACUGUGGCUCCACACUCUGGUUUUGGCCCCGUGACUGCCCAAAUGAGUGAAGUGUGCGGUGAUUCUAAGAUCGACGGCACUCAUCUGCAUGUCAUACUG